UAUUAAAUAUAUACGAAAAUAAUAAGAUAUAUUGAUAUCAAGAAACAUGAGCUCUAAAUUUAAACAACCCAAAGACAAGAAAUAUUUUCAAAAGUAUUCAAAGCAAUGGGAACAUGACGAAAAAUUAAAAGAUUGGAUAUCUUCUGAUCCUAUUGGUGAUGUCACAAAAGCUUUUUGUAAAUAUUGCUGCAGCACUUUUGUAGCUCACAAGAAUGAUUUAUUGAAACACGCUGCAUCGAAUAAGCAUAAGAUAGCCGUGGACAAAGAUAAGCAAGCAAAACUUUGUCGUCCUUUGGAUGUUAUUAAACCUCUUACUCCCUCAUGUAAGAUCGCUGAGCUUCAAAUUGCCGCCUUUAUCGCUGAACAUACGUCAAUCAAUACCGUACAUCAUUUGACAGAACUGCUAAAGAAAAUUGAUCCAAAGUCUGAUGUUUUUAAUAAUAUGAAAUUGCAUCGCACUAAAUGUGCAAUGCUUAUGAAAAAUAUUUUAGGUCCGUGUAUGCUUGAAGACUUAGUAAAUGACGUUAAAGAAUGUCCAUAUUCACUUAUUAUUGACGAAAGUACCGAUAUAUCAACGGAAAAAGUUUUGUGCAUUAUGAUACGGUAUUUUUCCAAAAAAAAAAAAAAGAUAAUUACAACAUUUUAUCGUCUUGUGAAAAUAAGUGAUGCUACGGCUAACGGCAUUCAUUCAGCUUUGACAAAGCAACUAGAGACUGAUGGGCUUCCAUUAAAGAAUUUAGUUGGUAUUGGGGUUGAUGGUGCAAAUGUGAAUGUAGGAGUUAACCAUUCGAUGUUUUUGACAAGGUGA